UGUAUCCAGACGCAUGCUCAUAAUGCGGCCAAUUACUCGGUCGGCACUCCGGCCUUAUGUCUGCCCGUCCUGUCGGUCUAGUAGCUUUUCAGGCCGUAGAAGAUUCGGGUCCAAAUCCGACCAAGCCCCCGAUGUCUACGAUGUGGUGUGCGUCGGAGGUGGUCCUGCAGGUCUAGGGUUACUAGCAGCUUUGCGAGCUUCGCCCGUCACAUCAAAGCUCAGGGUCGCCCUCGUCGAGACCCAGGACCUUCAAAAAGCCCGCGCCUGGAACCUCGAUGCACAGCAUUUCUCGAACAGAGUCAGCAGCCUAACUCCCUCGUCCGUGUCAUUCCUGCAGAAGAUUGGUGCUUGGGAACAUCUUGACACGGACCGAGCGCAGCAAUACCAGGAGAUGCAAGUAUGGGAUGGCGAAACGGGUUCGCGCAUAACCUUCGACUGGUCCACAGAAACCUCCCCGUUUGAGGACCUUCCCACAGUCGCGACAAUGACAGAAAACACCAACCUCGUUCGCGGGCUUCUGUCGCGCAUCGCUGCAUCCGGAGACGAGAAUCUCUCAAUCUUCUCGAACACAACCGUCUCAUCUAUCGAAAAUGGUACGAGCCAGCCGGACGGUCCGGAUCUAUCAGCUUGGCCGGUCCUCUCCCUUGCUCCAACCAACUCCUCACAGUCGCAAUCCCCCACUCGGAUCGCCGCACGUCUCCUAGUCGGAGCCGACGGUAUCAACAGCCCUGUCCGCCGGUUUGCCGACAUCGCAACCGAGGGCUGGGACUACAAUCGCCACGGCGUUGUCGCGACUCUUUCCCUCGCCGACCCAGAUUCACCUUCGUUCCCCAUCGGCACGAGAACCGCUUACCAGCGCUUCCUGCCUGUCCUCGGCGGUCCAAUUGCCCUGCUACCUCUCCCCAACAACCACGCAACCUUAGUCUGGUCCACGACGGUAGAAAACGCCGCGUAUCUCAAGUCUCUUUCCCCAAAAGCGUUCAUCGCCAUGGUCAACGCCGCAUUCCGUCUCUCCAGCGCAGACCUCAAGUACAUGAUGCGCAUGGAGCGCCCCGCAACCCCCGCAUCGGACUACGAAGAUUCCCACGAGAGUGAACUGACCUGGCGCCUGCAACAUACCCCGCAAGCCGCCCACGUUCCGCCCAUGGUCAACGGCGUGCAGGAAGGCAGUGUAGCCUCCUUCCCUCUCCGCUUCCGCCAUGCAUCAACCUAUAUCUCACCGCGCGUGGCUCUGGUCGGUGACGCCGCCCAUGUGAUCCAUCCGCUCGCCGGACAAGGUCUCAAUCUCGGAAUAGGCGAUGUGGCAUCCCUCUCUAAGACGAUCGAAUACGCAGUAACCCACGGUAUGGACGUCGGUGAUCUUCUCACUUUGGAACGGUACACCGCUGAACGGUGGGCCGUUAAUGCUAAGAUCGGCGGUGUCUGUGACAUGUUGCAUAAGAUUUACAAUGUUCCUGGUCAAGGACCAGUUGCAUGGGGUCGCAGUCUGGGUUUGGAGGUUAUUGACCGGUUGCCUUUUGUUAAGGGAUUCUUGAUGAAGAAUGCUGAGGGUUGAAGUUGUAAUGGGUGUGUCUACCUUGAUGGUUUAUUGGCUUCCCUACUCCCAUCAGGGUUUGGUCUCCUUCCGCCGUGUAUUACCUACCUAUAUUCAAAUGCUUUGUACAGGAACGCUUGUACGAGGUAAUAUCUGC